AUGGCUCCCGAUCCAAAGAUGAGCGAUACAGACUUAGCACGUAUCAAUUUCCAAGCUGUAACGAAGGAGUAUCGCGUACAACCACAUCUCGAUUACCGCACUGUUUCUGCGAUAAACGGACCCCUCGUUGUGCUCGACAACGUCAAAUUUCCGUCAUACAAUGAGAUUGUUCAAUUGACAUUGCCGGAUGGUUCAAAACGUGGGGGUCAAGUUCUGGAAGUUCAAGGCAAGAAAGCGAUCGUGCAAGUCUUCGAGGGGACUUCUGGUGUCGAUGUGAAGGCUACCCAUGUCGAAUUCACUGGAAGCAGCAUGAAACUACCUGUCGCCGAGGAUAUGUUGGGUCGUAUAUUCAAUGGGUCUGGAAACCCGAUUGAUCAGGGUCCAAAAGUGUUCGCAGAGGAUUACUUGGAUAUCAACGGCUCUCCUAUCAACCCGUAUUCUCGGAUUUAUCCAGAAGAAAUGAUUCAAACCGGCAUUUCGACGAUCGACACCAUGAAUUCGAUUGCUCGUGGUCAGAAAAUCCCCAUCUUCUCCGCUGCAGGGUUGCCCCACAACGAGAUCGCGGCACAGAUUGUACGACAGUCCGGUCUGGUGAAGAGGCCGACAAAGGAUGUCCAUGACGGCCAUGAGGACAAUUUCUCCGUGGUAUUCGCAGCUAUGGGUGUCAAUAUGGAAACUGCGCGUUUCUUCAAAGAGGAUUUCGAGUCCAAUGGGAGUCUGGACCGAGUAACGUUGUUUUUGAACCUGGCCAACGACCCUACGAUCGAACGUAUCAUUACUCCUCGGCUGGCACUUACCACCGCUGAAUACUAUGCUUAUCAACUGGAAAAGCACGUUUUGGUCAUUCUGACCGAUAUGUCCUCUUAUGCUGAUGCCUUGCGUGAGGUUUCGGCGGCACGAGAAGAGGUCCCUGGUAGGCGUGGUUAUCCUGGGUACAUGUAUACCGAUCUAUCUACGAUCUAUGAACGAGCUGGUCGUGUAGAGGGUAGGAACGGGUCCAUCACCCAGAUUCCAAUCCUUACUAUGCCUAACGACGAUAUCACACACCCUAUUCCUGAUUUGACAGGGUACAUCACAGAGGGACAGAUUUUCGUCGACCGACAGCUGCAUAACCGACAGAUCUACCCACCCAUCAAUGUUCUGCCUUCACUAUCUCGUCUGAUGAAAAGCGCUAUUGGUGAAAAGUUGACCAGAAAGGACCAUGGAGACGUUUCCAAUCAGUUGUAUGCGAAGUAUGCUAUUGGAAGAGAUGCAGCAUCAAUGAAAGCCGUCGUCGGUGAAGAGGCUUUGUCGUCCGAAGAUAAGCUUGCCUUGGAGUUCCUCGAUAAGUUUGAGCAUCAGUUUGUUGGACAAGGUGCCUACGAAUCGCGGACGAUCUUCGACUCGCUUGAUCUUGCUUGGUCGUUGCUUCGUAUCUUCCCCAAGGAACAAUUAAACCGGAUCAACCCGAAGAUCAUCGCCGAGUUUUAUGGGCGCAAACCGACGAAGAAGGCUACAGCUAACGCAGAGUCGGAGGAAACACCUCAGGAAGACAAGUUGAUUGACGCCUAG